CAGAGAUCAUCAAAGUUUGAUUAUUGUGUGAACAUGGUGAAGCUUUCAGCGGAGCUCAUCGAGCAGGCUGCUCAGUACACCAACCCGGUGAGAGACAGAGAGCUGGACCUACGAGGUUAUAAAAUCCCAGUGCUUGAAAAUCUCGGAGCUACUCUGGACCAGUUUGACACAAUCGACUUCUCUGAUAAUGAAGUAAGAAAACUGGACAGCUUCCCUCUGCUCAGAAGACUGAAAACACUGCUAAUGAACAACAACAGGAAUUGUCGAAUAGGUGAGAAUCUGGAGCAAUCCCUGCCGAGCUUGACAGAACUGAUCCUCACAAGCAACAACAUUCAGGAGCUGGGUGACUUGGAUCCACUGGCCACGGUGAAGACACUGACCCUCCUCAGCUUGUUAAGGAAUCCAGUGACAAACAAGAAGCACUACAGACUCUAUGUCAUCAACAAACUCCCACAGAUCCGCGUGCUCGACUUCCAGAAGCUGAAACUCAAGGAGCGGCAGGAGGCGGAGAAAAUGUUCAAGGGCAAACGAGGUGCUCAGCUUGCAAAGGAUAUUGCCAGGCGAACGAAAACAUUCACUCCUGGAGUGGCAGCACAGCUGGAGAAGAAGAAGACGGGGCCGUCCCAAGCUGACGUGGAAGCCAUCAAGGUUCAUUUGUUGAAAAGAUUUGUUUUUGAGGGUCCAUCCCACCAUCCUCCAAAAUGUAGAAUGGGUGCAUGUUCAAUCAUAAAUAGAUCACUAACGAAUACAAUCGCCAAUGCUUCAUCGCUGGAUGAGGUGGAGAGGCUGAGAGGGAUGCUGCAGGCCGGACAGAUCCCCGACGAGAUCUCAGACAACGGUCAGUGCUGA